AUGGCGGCCAACGGGUCCGGCUGGGGACCUCCCUGCAAGCCAAGGACGACGGGAAUUGUAUUCCAACAGGCCCUGAGAGUUUCAUUGGGGAACACAGAACGGGAACAAGAACAGGGACUACAAACAAGAUGGCAUCUUCCUCCGCUCUCCUCUCCAAGAUCUCAGCCUCUUUUCCUCUACAAUCCCCUGCGCGUGUGGGACCCGACGGGAGUCUCAGGCCGUCCACUUCCUUUCCUCUCCAGUUAUCCCUGUCAGGAACAAUGGAGAAAGGUGAAGACGGAUAAGGACUACGUGCAAGAUGGCGUACAGCGCAAGAUCCAAGCAGUCCCUCCUUCAAGGUCUGACCUUCCGUGUGUGACGACCCGGGAAGGGAGCCGCCAGGUGCUUGCCUCUCCCAAUGCCCUACGAGAAAUCUCAGACCUGCCUCUGAUUUUCUUUCCUGUAGCUCAACCAGUUGUCCUCUGCUUGUUGUCCCUGCUGCUGGCACCCUCUGUCCUGGGUGCCCCGGUAUCCCUGGCUGCCUCCAUCAACCAAGCCUAUAACUUGGCCCUCUACAUGCAGAAGAACGCAUCGGUGCUGCUGCAAACUUACCUCCAGUACCAAGGCAGCCCCUUCAGUGACCCGGGCUUCUCAGCCCCUGAGCUCCAGCUGAGCAGCCUGGCCCCCGCAGCUGUCCCCUUCGUGUCGUGGCGUGACCUGGGAGAUGGCGAGAGGUUGGUCCAGGUCCGAGGUGCUUUCUCAGCCCUGGCCCAGCACCUGCAGCUUGUGAGUGAUGACCAGGCUGACCUGAAUCCUGACAGUUCUGUCUUGCUAUCUCAACUUGCAGCUGCGAGGCUACGAGCCCAGGGCCUGAUGGGCAAUAUAGCUUCUGUCAUGGCGGCCCUGGGGGUAUCCAUUCCUCCUGAAGUGGAUGCUCUUGGCCCUGCACCCUUUGGAGCCUCUGCCUUUCAGAAGAAAUGUCGGGGCUAUGUAGUGACCCGGGAAUACGGACAGUGGACAGACAGGGCUGUGCGGGACUUGGCUCUGCUUAAGGCCAAAUAUGUUAUGGAGUGA